AUGAAGUUUUUUGAAAGAAUCGAACACGCACUUGAGCAGCGAAAUCGAUAUGACUGGGCGACCUCACUCCGGGACUUUGAGUCACAUUUUGUUUCAGCCAAACGCAAAAGAGCCCAAGGAGACUGGAUCAGAAAACAGAACGCUGAAAGACGCAAAGAGUUUUCACUUUUGCAACGGGAAAUAUAUUUAAAGGAAGAAGUGGCAGCAUAUGAAAAACAGAGUCAGAUAGAAAGUUUGACAGAAGACAAGGCAAAGACUCUAGAAAAAUGGAAGAAAGAGCUGGAGACCUUUGAUGAGCAACUCUGGCUUCAUAAACGGGCUAUAUAUACAGCAGAACUAAAUAAGCCUAAAGGGCCUUGGAUUCGGACCUGGGAAGCAAGUAUAAAUGAUGCAGUCUUAUACGGAGAGAAGGCUAAACUUCUCUGCAAAGCUAAUGGAGGAUGCUUUAAUGGGGGAGACCAUUAUUAUGAUAGCUCAACCUAA